CCUGUCAAGUACUCGAUAGUUUGGCAUAGUCAGCUGAUGGCAAAAUGCAAUUAAACGUUUCCUGUAAUAUUUCACGAAAUCUAUUGUAAUUUUGUGCGCGAUCGUGAAAUUUGUUGAGAAUAAUCUGUUCAUAAUCUACUAAUCUUCUAUUUCAAGUUUUCAGAGAAAUAUAGAAGGAUUCAUAAGAUUUUUUAUAAUUAUUUACCUGAAGCAAAUCUACCAAAAACAAAAUGCCUCUAAGUGCAGAUAUAUCUACAGCUCUUCAUUUAUUAGAGCAUGUGCAAGAAAGAGUAGAAGACUGUAAUGAUCCAAAGCUACAAAUGCAUACUACUCAAGAUAUAAAAUCUUUAAUUUCUCUUCUGGAAGAUCCAGUAUUUCGUAGUAUAGUGACCAUUCAAGAUUCUCUGAUCGAAUUAAAUACUCAACUAGGCCAACAUCCAUCUAUUAUCCCUGGGGAUUUUGAUAUAAACAUCAGUGGACAACUUGAACUUUCUGUUCCUAGUACACCGGUACAACCACUUGGAUCAAAUGUAUAUCAAGAUCUAUAUCAAGAUAGCAGCGAACUAGAAGAUCAAAGAGUUCCAGUUGUUCCAUUGGUGCAUAGUAGCAGCGAAGAUACUAGUGCACAGGUUACAAGUCCAAGUCUUGUAUCGGAAGUUAUGGGAAUGCCUCCAAUUACAACAACAACAUAUGUUAAAGAAUUUAAGAAGGUAAUUGAAGCUGCAGCAAGAGGUCGUCAAGUGUUUACUGUGCAGUUGUAUAAACCAGAGGGUACUAGUUUGGGAUUUAGUGUGGUUGGUCUUCGCAGUAAGGAUAAAGGAGAGUUGGGUAUAUUCUUGCAGGAGAUACAACCAAAUGGCAUAGCUGGUUGGUAA